UGUUCACACAGGGUCUGCAGUGAUGCAGUGAAGAUGGGUGCUGUUGUGGAGAGUCAGGCAGGCGUGGGCGGUUGAGUUGGCGUUGAGUACAGGAAGAAUGCACUUAUCCCAUGUUGGCACCAAUAAAAUCUGCUUCCUGCUUUCCCUGGCGUUCUGUGCCCUACUAGUGCUGCUUAUUCCCUCCUUACAACCUCUGCAGCGUCAGAAGGAUCUGCCCCAACCCCGGCCCCGUACCAAACCCAUUAGAGCCGGAGCCGGACGCAGACAUGACCUCUAUGGGAACCCCGGCCAAGGAAGCGAGGAUGCCAAGGAUGGUAGUUUCAUUCACCCACUUCCUCCUAGAGGCCGACCCGAGGACCCACAGAGGACGCUAGAGAGAGACACUGCACACGCCAGAUCCCCUGGGUCCCGUUCCAGAGACUCUUUGGAUUUGAGAGACAUUUUUAUUGCUGUUAAGACCACCAGGAAAUAUCACAAGUCCAGAUUGCAGCUCCUGUCCCAGACCUGGGUGUCCAAAGCCAAGGAACAGACGUUUAUCUUCACGGAUAGCGAGGAUAAGGAGCUCAGACAGAAAGCAGGGCUGAACAUGAUCAACACCAACUGCUCCGCGGCUCACACGCGUCAAGCCCUGUGCUGCAAGAUGUCUGUGGAGUAUGACAAGUUCAUCGAGUCACAGAAAAAGUGGUUCUGUCACAUGGAUGAUGAUAACUACGUGAUCCUGCCAAGUUUGCUGGAGCUGCUGUCAUCCUACUCUCACACACAGGACGUGUAUCUGGGCAGACCCAGUCUGGACCAUCCCAUAGAGGCCGCUGAGAGGGUCAAGAGCGACGGAUCGUCAUCAGUCAAGUUCUGGUUUGCUACUGGAGGAGCUGGAUUCUGCAUCAGCCGAGGCUUGGCUCUCAAAAUGAGUCCAUGGGCAAGUCUUGGAAACUUCAUUACGACUGCAGAGAAGAUCCGCCUUCCGGACGACUGUACAGUAGGUUACAUCAUCGAGGCUUUGCUGGAGGUUCCUCUAACACACACAGGCCUGUUCCACUCACACCUGGAGAAUCUGCAGAGACUCCCAACUGACAGCAUACUCAAACAGGUGACCCUCAGUUAUGGUGGAUUCGAGAACAGGAGGAAUGUGGUCAGUGUUGGAGGAGCGUUCUCAUUGGCUGAAGACCCUACACGGUUUAAAACGGUUCACUGCCUACUCUACCCAGACACAGACUGGUGCCCACGCAAGACUCUUCACUGACCGCUGGGAUACGAACGCCUCAUCAGGAGCAGAGACCUUCCCAUAAAUCGCUUCAUACCAAAAUAAGACUUUGAGUAAAUGAGCUGGUUUGCAGCAUGGAAAGGCAUUUAAAGGAAAAGGGAGUAAAACGUUUAGGAAAGCAAUAAGGAAUCCAAAAAUUUAAAUUUGUUGAAAAUGUGCUCACCUAUAAGCCAUCUAAGAUGAGUUUGUUUCUUCAUCAGAUUUGGAGAAAUGUAGCAUUGCAUAACUUGUUCAUCAAUGGAUGCUCUGCAGUGAAUGGGUGCCGUCAGAUUGAGAGUCCAAACAGCUGAUAAAAACAUCACAAUAAUCCACAAGACAAAUAAAUUUGGUUUGUAAACAGUGCUUGAUCUGUGCAUAUUUCUCUCCUGAUUCAGAUGAGGUGUAUUUUUCAUUGUAGUAGAAAGCAGUGUUAUGAAGAGAGGGCUCGUGUUUUAGCCAGAAUCAAUGGUUAAAAAAGUUAAAAAUAUCUUUGUUUUUUGACAAACAUGAAGCUUUUCACUUCAUAAGAUGUUAACUGAUUAACUGGAGUGGUGAGGAUUAUUGUGAUUUUUUUAUCAGCUGUUUGGACUCUCAUUCUGACGGCACCCAUUUACUGCAGAAGUGAUGCAAUGCUACAUUUCUCCAAAUCUGUUCCGAUGGAGAAAAAUUUAAAUUUUUGAGUGAACCAUUCAUUCAAGUAGUUUUUGUUUGGUACUUUCUACAUUUUUAUUGUGAAAGAGGGUGGCUGUCAUUUAUUAAA